AAGAAAAAAAAAAAAAAAAAACGCACAAACUCAAUUUUGAUUUGAAGGCCUCCGGUAUUCUUCCAAAACAGCGGCCAGAUUCUGAAUUCCACCCACUUUCUCUCUCUGGAGGUCAGUCGUUCCAACAAUCGUGACUGCUUAUAUUAUAUAUAUAAUAAUCAAAUGGGGAUUCCAAUGGAUUUACGAGACGCAUGGGUAAACCAUAGGAACAAAUCCUCCAAUUUCAUGAUUCCUUCACCGGAAGAAGAUCUCAAGUUUCUCAGAUCGCAAAUGUGUACUCAAGAAGGGGUUCGUGCUGGAAUGAAGUCAGCUUCCAUUGCUUGUGUUGCCAGUGCUGUCCCUACGUUGAUUGCUGUUCGGACAAUUCCUUGGGCAAAGGCAAAUCUGAAUUAUACUGCUCAGGCACUCAUCAUAUCUGCUGCUUCGAUUGCUGCAUACUUCAUCACUGCUGACAAAACUAUCUUGGAGUGUGCAAGGCGAAACACACGCACCCUUUAUGAUAAGCCGUCUUAAGAAACUGUAUGUUUUUAUCAUGUUUCGCAUAGCAGCUAAAUGCAUUCGGAAAAUGUUGAUAUGCAUUAACCUAUAAUGGUUCUGCGUUGAUAUGGUUUGCUUAAGUUGUUACUGUGGGAUCAGCUUUUUGCACUUGUAUGUUUCAAAGUGUGAAACAAGUCUUGAAUAAGAAUUUUCUUGUUCCUUCUUCA